AAGCGAAAACAAAUAUUUGAUUAACCAGAGAAAACAACCUAAAAAUACAAAUCAAAAAACAAAAAUAAAAGCAAACUGGAAAUAAAAAAAAUAAAAUUUGAUCUAAUAAUUGAAGCCACAAUUUAAACGAUUGCUGACGACUAACUUUCAAAUCCGAGUUGGAAUCAACCCUUUAUUUGACGGUCUUGCCUCAUAAAUUAUCAAAAAGCAUUCAAUAAUUUAAAUUAUCAGUAGUUAUUUAAUUUUAUCUUUACCGUAAAAGAAACGGAAUCAUAAUACGACUACGACUCACGAGUGUGCAUCUCAACUUAAAGAAUACAAAAAAUAAAAAAUAUUAUUCUGUCAAGACGAAAUCAGUCGUACAUGAUCGCGAUCGCCAACCUUUACGAUCUUCCUCUUCUCAACGGUGACCAGAACACAACAAAAACAAAAACAAAAGUAACCUGCAAAUCUCUUACACACCAUCACAUUUUAUUACACGACAUAUAUAUAUUUCGUAUAAGCAAACCCAACUCAAGUUUCAUUUCUUUACACAAACACAAUCCACCUGCGUAAUAGUAAUAAUAACAAUAAAAAAACUAAAUUACUCUGACUUCUCUCCGAGGAUUAUUCAAGACUUGAAAAACCUAUACACACAUAAAUGCUGUAUGCACAUGCUGACUAUUUGUCAUACCAUACUUGAACGUCACACUCCUCAUCUACAUCGUUAUCUCAUCUCCCGUUUUUUCACAACUCCCAAUGUUCUUGGAGUAUUAUAUUAUUGCUUACCCAUUUCUUGGUUUUUCACCGGAGGUUUUUUAGGGUUUGUUUUAUCUGCUGAUUCUGGUGGCUAAUUUUGAUCAAUUCAUUGCAGCUGGGAGGGACUCGCUUAAGGCUUUAAUUUAGAGUAUCAGUUACUAGCCCUUUAAAUCGAUCACAGUUGGAGCCAAUUUUUGUAAGUUUUAGUUGUCUGAUAUGGAUAUAAGUAAUGAGGCAACUGUUGACAAAUUCUUUAUCGGACCUUCAACAUUCUGGGGUCGGACGAUUGCUUUCAGAGUGCUCUUUUGCAGGUCAAUGUCACAACUGAGGGAACAAAUUUUUCAUGUGCUUCUCUGUUACUUGCAAAAACUUAAAGAUAAUAUAAAGUUCUACUUGAAACCCAUGAUAUCGUGGUUUCAUCCGCGCAACCCACAAGGUAUCUUGGUAAUGAUGAUACUGAUAGCUUUUAUGUUAAAACGCUACACCAAUGUAAAAAUGAGGGCUGAGGUGGCUUAUCGGAGAAAAUUUUGGAGGAAUAUGAUGAGAUCUGCCUUAACCUAUGAAGAAUGGGCUCACUCAGCUAAAAUGCUAGACAAAGAAACUCCCAGAAUCGAAUCAGAUCUCUAUGACGAAGAACUUGUGAGGAAUAAACUCCAAGAGCUCCGCCACCGCCGCCAAGAAGGUUCUCUCAGAGAUAUCAUAUUUUGCAUGAGAGCAGACCUGGUUAGAAACCUUGGGAAUAUGUGCAACCCAGAGCUUCACAAGGGAAGGCUUCAAGUGCCUAAACUUAUAAAGGAAUAUAUUGAUGAAGUCUCAACCCAAUUGAGAAUGGUUUGUGACUCAGACUCUGAGGAGCUUUUGCUGGAAGAGAAGCUUGCUUUUAUGCAUGAGACAAGACAUGCUUUUGGGAGGACUGCGUUGCUUCUGAGUGGGGGUGCUUCACUGGGGGCAUUCCAUGUUGGUGUGGUGAAAACAUUUGUUGAACACAAACUCAUGCCCCGCAUAAUUGCUGGGUCUAGUGUGGGAUCCAUCAUGUGCUCUGUUAUUGCUACUAGGUCUUGGCCUGAGCUUCAAACCUUUUUUGAGGAUUCUUGGAGCUCUCUGCAGUUCUUUGACCAGUUGGGCGGAAUAUUUGCAAUUUUUAGAAGAGUUAUGACACGAGGUGCAGUUCAUGACAUAAGACAGUUGCAGAUGAUGUUGAGGCAGCUUACAAAUAAUCUCACAUUUCAAGAAGCGUAUGAUAUGACUGGUCGAGUUCUUGCAAUCACCGUAUGCUCCCCAAGAAAGCAUGAACCUCCUCGAUGCCUUAACUAUUUGACUUCGCCUCAUGUUGUUAUUUGGAGUGCAGUUACCGCCUCUUGUGCUUUUCCUGGUCUUUUUGAAGCCCAAGAACUAAUGGCAAAAGAUAGAAGUGGAGAGAUUGUUCCGUAUCAUCCCCCAUUCAACUUAGGGCCUGAAGAGGGUCAAGGUACAUCUGCACGUAGGUGGAGAGAUGGUAGCUUGGAGAUUGAUUUACCAAUGAUGCAAUUAAAAGAGCUCUUUAAUGUUAAUCACUUUAUUGUGAGUCAAGCUAAUCCUCAUAUUGCUCCUUUACUAAGAGUAAAGGAAAUUGUGAGAGCAUAUGGAGGCAACUUCGCCGCUAAGCUUGCGCAUCUUGUUGAGAUGGAGGUGAAACACAGAUGUAACCAGAUACUAGAGCUUGGUUUUCCUUUAGGAGGACUUGCCAGGCUAUUUGCCCAAGAAUGGGAAGGUGAUGUCACCGUGGUAAUGCCAGCCACCCUAGCUCAGUAUUCAAAGAUCAUACAGAACCCUUCUCAUUCGGAACUUCAGAAAGCAGCCAAUCAAGGCAGGAGGUGCACUUGGGAGAAGCUGUCAGCCAUAAAAGCCAAUUGUGGUAUUGAGUUAGCACUUGAUGACUGUGUUGCGAUACUUAAUCACAUGCGUCGACUGAAGAGGAGUGCACAGAGAGCAGCUGCUGCUUCUCAAGGCUUAUCUAGCGCAGUGAGAUUUAGUGGUUCGAAAAGAAUUCCUUCAUGGAAUUGCAUUGCUCGAGAAAACUCAACUGGUUCUUUUGAAGAAUUCGUUGCAGAGCUUGGAUCCUCACUACAGCAAGGUGGGGUUGGUGGAACAGGAUCCACUUCUUGGAACGUGCGGACCAACCGCAGUACACAUGAAAGCAGUGACAGUGAGCCUGAGAGCCCUGAUCAAAAUUCUUGGACGAGAUCUGGUGGUCCCUUGAUGAGGACAACGUCAGCUGAUCUUUUUGUUGAUUUUGUCCAAAAUUUGGAUGGUGAUCUCAAAUCCAAUAAAGGAAUAAUGGUACCGAACAGCACGAUUCAUAUCUCAGCCAGAGAUUCGAAUCCCCAAAGCCCAAGGGUGACGACACCUGAUAGAAGCUCAGAUAUGGAUUCUGAUCAAAGGGAUGUUAUCAAUAGAGCCUCAAUGAACAGUUCUAGUAUUUUAGUUGCUGAAGGUGAGCUUCUGCAGGCUGAAAGGAUUCACAACGGGAUUGUAUUUAACAUUGUAAAGAAGGAAGAGAUGACUCCUUCAAACAGGAGUCUUGAUUCUGACUCGGUUGCUGCAUGCAUGCAACUUGAAUCUCCUGCCAAGGAGAUAGACGGGAGCUCAAGCUCUGAAUCGGAGUAUGAGGCUAAUGUUAAUCAUUCUCUAAACAGUACCGAUGCAAGUAGCAUCAAGGAUCAGCUAACUGCUGCUAAUGAUUUUCAUAAGGAUGCUGAAAAUAACUGAGAUUCAAUUGCGUUUUUUUCAUGUCAUAUAUAUGCAGAUCAACAAGGCUAAUUCACGUUAUAGACAACAGGAAGCGCUAAUACACUAACAGAUUCAUGAGGUAGCAGAGCAGUAUAUCAUACUACCGAAGCAACAUUUUAGCUGGGCUACAUUGCUGGUGUUAGUUCUGUACAGGUAAUUCAUACUGAUCCUCUGCUGCUCCAAAAUGAGUUUUAGUAUAUGUUGUUAAGUCUGUCAUAGUUGGUUUACGUCAAAGUACAAACAUAGAUGCUGUGCAGCUGCUAAGCUGCAUGUUAUACUAGGAACUUGUAUGUAAAUGGUAUGUUCUGUAUGCAGAAAUAUACAAGAAAGUUAUACAACUACUCCAUUUCAUGAA